AUGGCUAAGACCGAGUCUGUCGAGGCUCUUCUGAACCCUUCGUUACGGGUAUCUAGACCUGUCGCAGCGUGCUCACGAUGUCGGUCGGCGAAGAUUAAAUGCGACGGCAAGUUGCCUGCUUGUUCUGCUUGUGAACGGUCGGGAAAAUCAAACAGCUGCACCAGCGCCAACGAUGAGUUCGCCCGAGGGAAAGAAAGAAGCUAUGUUGCUGCUCUAGAGGCCACUGCCCAGAGACUGCAGAAGAGAGUAGACAACGCCAAAGCGCAAUAUGCUAGCCACAAUGCCAUCUCCGGCUCAGCUCUGCGAUCAGGGCAUCCUCAAACGCGAAAACCCAGCGGGACCCGGAGAAAGGAGGCCACUGAUGUUGAUGAGCUGGUCAGCGACUUUGGGUUUUUGACCGUCAAUGCCACCUCGCGCGACUUCCACGGCUUCACUGCCACCAUGUCCUUUGCCAAACUCCUGCUGUCCGCUGCGACAAGGAAUGAGCUCCCUCCGCUCGAAAACCGGGCACUUCCACCACGUUAUGCCGUUACCCCAAUGAUCAAUCAAUAUCUUGAGAACGUAUACGUCUUGUUCCCCUUCUUUUCGGAAACCGAGUUGAUGAGCAGUCUUUCUCGGAUUUAUCACGAGUCCGCUACUGUUCCAUCUUCGGUGAGCCCGUUGGAUGUGUGGAAUGUGCGUCUGAUCCUGGCCAUUGCGUACGCCUCAAGCUCUCAACAAAAGGGCGACGAAAACGACAAGACAGCGCUGCAGCAUGUGGCAGCGGCUAGGGGUCUGGCAAACUACGUCCUUCAUCCUGGUUCCCUCUCGGGCCUUCAGGCUCUUCUCUUGUUGGUGCAAUAUGCAUUGGUCGAUCCAGCCCAUUUUGACAGCUGGUAUCUGGUGGGCAUGGCAUCGCGCCUCAUGGUCGAUCUGGGACUGCACUGUGAACUCCCUCCCGAGACCAAGAUCAGCAAGGACGCAUUGGAUCUUCGACGCAGAGUAUUCCAUUGCACCUACGCCCUGGACCGUCUGGUGAGCAUGUCGCUAGACCGAGCAUUCUCCUUUACCGACGACUCAGCUCCGGAUGUUCCUCUACCGGAAUCAUCAUCCGACCCAUCUUCUUCACAGCUGUUCCUACGUUCCACAAAACCGUCAUUGUAUCUGUUCGAUGUCCGUCGAGUCCAGUCAGCUUUCUACCAAACAACGAGGUGGUCUUCUCGCUCUCAAUGGCCGCUAGCGACCGCAGCGACGUAUUCCAGCUCAGUGUCGAAUGAUAUCCACGCCUGGUAUUCGACAAUACCGACGACUCUGUCCCAACGCCAUCUCAUGCUCUUUAACCUUGAGAGACUGUACUCCCAAAUUCUGGUGGUGUCGCCAAACCCAAAAGUACCUGCGGCCAGUAUGACGGAUCUCAACAAGGAGCUUGUGUUUGAGUACUCGGCUCAAUAUGCAGAGCUCUUACAGUCCAUUACUCAAGACGUUAGCUGGCAUGCAUACUUGACUUAUGCCGACAUCUGCCGGGCAAAAUAUGUCGGCCAGAAAUUUGUGGAAGUGAUGUGGUCUGAUUUUGACCGCUUGGUAGGUACGACCUCGCGUGCCAUCCGAGGCGAUUCGCCGCUUUCGAGAAACAUACCUUUGGACAACAGUCAACGCGCCACUAUUUGCCUGCGCAGGAUCAUCGAGAUUCUAGACUUUGCUCGCCAUCGCUGGUCGAUGCCGGAGAUGAGAGAAAAAUUCGAACAAGAGUCAGCUGUUCUCUUCUCACGGCUUAAAAGCAGACAAAUGGAUGCAAACCCCAUACAGUAUACGAGCGCAUCCAGUACGCCGUCCAACAACAGCAUCGGAUAUGGGGACCUGGUGGGCAACCAUUUCACACAGUACCCUUACGGUGCCACAUCAUUUACCCAGCUGCCCAGCCCUCCUGCGGUGACCCAGGACAGUCAACAACGGCGUUUGAUUACCCCACCCCAAGGAUCUCUCCCUCGCCGAAGCUAUGAGUUCUUUGGUGGCGGGCGGAAUCGAGAAUGA